UUUUUUUAUAUUUUUUAAAUCAAUUUUUAUUAAGCUUUUUAGAGCGAAAAAUGGAAGACUUUAACAUUGAGAAUAUUAAUUCUUUCAAUUUUUUAUUUCAAAUUUUGUCAGAUUUUGCUUGUGCUCUCUUCUUGUCGCUAUCUUUUGGACUUGUUGAUUUUAAUUAUACAAAGAUUGUUAAUUCAUUUCUUCGUUUAUUCUCUCGCAAAACUCAGGAAGAAAUUUCAUUGGACCGGUUAAAUGAGCAAAUGAUACAAAUUAAAAAUCAAAUGUCAAUGCUUUCUCCAACUGCAGAUUUUGCAAAAUAUUACAAAAAUGAGCGUUUAUUAAAUAAAUUGAAAGAAGAAAAGGAGAAAUUAGAUAAAACAAUAUUUUCAAACUCAAUUGUUUCUUCUGUAAAAAUUAAUAUUGCUGUUAAAACUCUUUUUAUGGUUAUUGCAACAUGUUUGAUGUGGAAAGCUGAAUUUUUUGUUAUAUUUAAAAUGGAUGCAAAAUGGUUUUGGCCUUUAAAUAUUUUAAAUUUGCAAAAUAAUGUUUUUGGUGGACAAGGAAAAGAAGAAGAAGAUUUGUAUCAAAAUGUAACAUUGUUCAGCUUUGUUUUAUUGACAUUAAUAGUAAAGAAAAUUUGGGAAUAUAGAAAAAACAAUAAUAAUGAUAUUAAUUUUAUUGGGACUGAAAUAUUUACAACUCACUGA